CAAACCAAAUGCUAUCUGCUCAUCCAAUAACUCUCUUGCGAGCCUUUUGGCAGCUUGUUCCUCCUGGUGGCUAAGCAAAAGAGCUUCUGAGUCAUUCACUUGAUCCAGCCGUUCAUCUUUAUACAGUGGGGCAGUAGUGGACGAAGAUGAAUCCUUGUUCCUCCUGGUGGCUAAGCAAAAGAGCUUCUUGAGUGGCCAAGUCAUUCACUUGAUCCAGCCGUUCAUCUUUAUACAGUGGGGCAGUAGUGGACGAAGAUGAACCGUUAGUUAUCUUUUUUGUUUCUUCAUAUCUCAAACCAAAUGCUAUCUGCUCAUCCAAUAACUCUCUUGCGAGCCUUUUUGCAGCUUGUUCCUCCUGGUGGCUAAGCAAAAGAGCUUCUUGAGUGGCCAAGUCAUUCACUUGAUCCAGCCGUUCAUCUUUAUACAGUGGGGCAGUAGUGGACGAAGAUGAACCGUUAGUUAUCUUUUUUGUUUCUUCAUAUCUCAAACCAAAUGCUAUCUGCUCAUCCAAUAACUCUCUUGCGAGCCUUUUGGCAGCUUGUUCCUCCUGGUGGCUAAGCAAAAGAGCUUCUGAGUCAUUCACUUGAUCCAGCCGUUCAUUUUUAUACGGUGGGGCAAUAGUGGACGAAGAUGAACCCUUGUCCCUCCUGGUGGCUAAGCAAAAGAGCUUCUUGAGUGGCCGAGUCAUUCACUUGAUCAUCUUCAUGCAGUGAAAGAUCCUUCAUGACUCUCAUGAAGAGCUUCAGCAAACUGUUGAUCCACCUGAACUUGCUUUCGUUUGACAUGAUCCUUGAAACUCUCCAAAUAAACCCGCUGUUCUUCUUCAUCAAAUAAGGUUCUUUGAGUUUCUUCUAGUCUUCGAAAAAGAGAGUCCCUACGCUCCCGCUGACAGAAGAAGGUUUUGUAAGAACUGAAGAAACAACAAUCCAAUGGAGUGUGUAGUUCAAGGAAUCAUUGAGACACAGCAUGUUGAAGCUCUGGAGAUCCUUCUUCAAGGUCUCUGUGGUGUUCAACGCGAACGCUUGAGAGUUCAUGAGCUAACUUUGAAAAGCGUCCCAAAUCUUGGAGUUGUAUCUUCAGAAGUGAGGCUUCUAUGUGACCUUGACCAACAACCAGAGCCCACAUGGACGGUUAAACAUGUUGGUGGUGCGUUGCGAGGUGCAGGAGCUGAUCAGAUCUCUGUUUUGGUGAGAACCAUGAUCGAAAGUAAAGUCAGCAAGAACGCCUUGCGUAUGUUCUACUCCCUCGGUUACAAACUAGACCACGAGCUUCUCAAAGUUGGUUUCGCUUUCCAUUUCCAACGGACAGCGCACAUAAGCGUCUCUGUGUCUUCGGUGAACAAGAUGCCUAAGAUUCAUGCCAUAGAUGAGGCUGUCCCUGUAACUCCUGGGAUGCAGAUUGUUGUUGUCACAGCUCCAGCAACGCCUGAGAAUUACAGUGAAGUUGCAGCUGCGGUUUCUUCCUUCUGUGAAUUUCUCGCCCCGCUUGUGCACUUGUCGAAACCCUUCAUCUCUACGGGAGUUGUGCCGACCGCUGCUGCGGCUGCUGCAUCUCUUAUGUCGGAUGGAGGUGGUACUACAUUAUGAGAAGUGUGUUAGAUCUUUUGGUUUAAUAUAGUUUAUUUUGUUCACAUCACACAAUGGGAUAGUGAGGGACCCUGAGGUCUAGAGUUCGAACCUGUCUCACCCCAUUUCUACUAUUUUGGCCUUUUGUAUUUUGAAAGAAGAGACAUUGGAGUUUUGGAACUGGUCAAAUAAUUCUUAUGCAUUAGUCACUAAUAAAUAAAUUCCAAACA